CUGGUAAGUACUCCAUAUCAACUUGACUUGUUCAUAACAUACUGUUUCUACCGAUACUAAAGAUGGUCGACUACCGAGUGUGGAAACCUGAUCUAGAACACCCCGAAAAGAUCAACGCCCUUCAAAAAGAACGAUGGCGUCACUUUAAGAAGCUAGAUUCUACAGUGACAGCUAGCACUGAUAUCCACGGUCUCCUCCAGACAGAAGUCAAACUUCGAGAGUGUAUUCAGUGUGAGAUGGGAAUAAAGGAUAUAAUCAAGGAUCAUCAGAAGAGGGUCUUCACUGAACCAGGAGGCCCUGCAAGAUAUCUACCUCUUAUCCAGGCUUACCAGGGAGACCUUGCAAAGGUGGAUCAAAAAUAUUGGCUUCUAGAACGGCAAUGGUGGUCGAUUCGAGCUGCAUUCAUUGAAGGCCCGUUCAGCCAUGGAAUAGAACUAUGGCGGUCACAUCCAAGAUGGUAUAUGCAUCGUGUCCUGCGUGAUGAUUGUGCUGGAAGGGGAGGAUGCUGUGGAAGAAAGUGUGGAUGCUGCUCGAAUCGCCAGAAUCUGUCAACCCGGAAAUUCGCAGCUGGCCAUUGUACUGUCUAUUGUUUCUGUUGCCAGCAAGCGCGAGGGUUCCAGCUCAGUCAUGAACAAAGGGUAGAACUUCGGAAGCGCUUUGAUCUUAGCUUCCACAAUGGGUAUUUCCAGCGAAUCCGGGAUGCCUCUUUGCUGGGGAUUCUACAACAUGACGACAAUAAUCCCUUUGAUCUGAUUGACGAUCCUCCAGCAUACAAAACCUGUAGAUGAAGCUAUCUACGAACGCGCGCAGGUGAGAGAGAAAAGGCAAGCCUGGGCGCUAGGCCUAACUAAACAGAAGCUGGAUUCAAAUUAUGGGUUUCCACAUGGUAGAUUAUUUACUACAUAGUUAGUAUACCGAGGUAGUGGCUUAUUUUGCAGAUCACCAACGCUAUCAAAGUCAAGUAUGUACAAAUAUAUUCGUCUAUCUAACU